GUUCGGAAAUGACCUAACCGGAGACGCUGGAUCAAGCUGAAUGCUGGCUGCGGCUCCUGACCGAAGAAGUGCACUAUGUCCUUGCUGAUCCGGCGUCCGUGGGCGGCGGGAAGAUAGGGACGGUCUCGGCCCGGCAGGUGCUGCCAGCUCUCCCUGCCCCUCAGCUGGGGGUGGCUGGGCAGUCAUGGGUGAACCAAGCCGGGAAGAGUAUGAAAUUAAGUCCUUCGAUGCUGAGACCCAGAGGUUACUGAAGACUGCCCUCAAAGAACCUGGUGCUGUGGAUUUGGAGAAAGUGGCCAAUGUGAUUGUGGACCAAUCCCUGAAAGACUGCGUGUUCAGCAAGGAAGCUGGACGCAUCUGCUACACCAUCAUUCAGGCAGAGAGCAAGCAAGCCAGCCAGAGUGUCUUCCGUCGGGGCCUCCUCAAUCGACUGCAGCAGGAGUACCAGGCCCGGGAGCAGCUCCGAGCCCGAUCCCUGCAGGGCUGGGUCUGCUAUGUCACCUUCAUCUGCAACAUCUUUGACUACCUGAGGGUGAACAACAUGCCUAUGAUGGCAUUGGUCAACCCUGUCUUUGACUGCCUUUUCCGACUGGCACAGCCGGACAGCCUGCACGAGGAAGAGGAGGUGGACUGCCUGGUGUUGCAACUGCACCGAAUUGGUGAGCAGCUGGAGAAAAUGAAUGGGCAGAGGAUGGAUGAGCUGUUUGGUUUGCUGCGUGAUGGCUUCCUGCUUCAGGAUGGGCUCAGCUCCCUGUCCCAGCUCUUGCUCCUAGAGCUUAUUGAAUUCCGGGCUGCUGGUUGGAGGACUACCCCUGCUGCCCAGAAAUAUUAUUACAGUGAGGUUUCAGACUAGGCUGCCCCAAUCGAGGUCCAUUCACCAGCACCUUAGGCUUCUUUCUACACAUUACUCACCCUUACUAAGACAGCCCCAGGCUUAGGCUCACACACCUGAAUUUAUAUUCAAAGAUUUCUCUAUUCCAAUCUGUCUGCUACUAGGGGUACUCCCCAACUUCAGACUCUGGGCUUACAUCAGUCUGGCCCUAAGUAACUUUCUUCCUGUCCCCUACUCACUUAAUUCAGCACUUCUGAUCUUUUUAACUUCUCCAGAAGGGUGACAGAAAGCAGCAUCCUGGCCCACUGCAUUGCACUUCAACUACAGAGAAGCACAGAUAGAGUUAGAAGGAACCUCAGAAGACAAUGAGCUCAACUCCCUCACUUUACAGAUAAGGAAACUGAGUUAAAUGAUUUGCUCAGGGGUUACAGAGAUCCAUUAAGUGUCUGAAACAGCAUUCAAACCUAGGUCUUCUUGAUUUUGAGACCGACGCACCAUCUAGAACACCCAACUCAACUGAGUUGGGCUAUUUCUCCAACAGACUUAAGUACAUUAUCUAGAUACCUCAGUUUCCUGAUUUAUAAAAUGGAGACUCAGAUUAAGAUGCUUUGAUAUCUUCAUAGGAUAAAACAUGAAAGGGAAAAAUCUAAGUCAGAUAAUUGAACUGGGGUCUAGUCUUUGAAUUACCUGCAUGAAAGGGAGGUUUCUAAAGAUGAGGUUGUGCCAGGUAAAGAGGCCAAGGCACCAGAGCAUAAGGAGUAUGCUAGAAACUGGGUUUAUUGCUUUUUAUAAUUUUUGUACAAAAAUGACUUGGGGAAACAAGGGUAUUUUAUCCAGACAAGUUUUAAUGAGCUGCUGACCAAAACACUGGUUCAGUGUGGGAUUUAAAAAUAUAUAAACAUAUACAUGUAAUUUAUUAUGAACCAGUGUAGGAUUUUUCUAGUAAACCUUUUCUAAAAGUGAA